AUGUUCAACACGCUGGCGUCGCUCGAUCACUCAGACGUUUUCGGCGACGUGGCGUCGACGGCGUUGGACGAGCUGAUUCGGAAUUCGGCCGCUGCCGCGAUCAGCACUGCGCACAGCAAUCUGUCUGCUGCCCUGCAACCGAUGGCUGGUGGUCUCAACAAUUCGCAGUUCAGUCAAUCCAGUAGCCUCGCGAACUCUCAAGAUGGGCCAAGUCGAGGCCGAAAGAAGAAUUCCUCGGUCAAUUUGGUGUGUGUCGUUUGCGGUGAUCAGGCCUUUGGCAAACACUAUGGCGUUAAUGCAUGCAAUGGUUGCAAGGGAUUUUUCCGAAGGAGUGUCUGGAACAACCGUCAAUAUAUGUGCCGAUUUGAUGGGCAAUGUGCAAUUGCAAAAGAACACCGGAAUGUUUGUCGUGCAUGUCGAUUGAAGCAAUGCUUUGUAGCUGGAAUGAAUCCAAGGGCGGUGCAAUCCGAACGGGAGCGCAGCGAUCCGUUACAGGAUAUGGAUGAUGGUGACGAUGACUAUAGAGAGAAUUCCCCCGACAGAUGCUCCGUCGAAGUCCAAACAGAGCAGUAUUCAAUGAAAGCCGAUGCUUUGCCGAGUCCAGAUGCCGAGUUGAAUAGGUACGUCUAUAUCACGUGUAUAUUGAGAAUAUUUGAAUCAUUUACUCUUUUUGCUGUACCCAAAGAAGAAAUUUUUGGAGCAAUGAAAAAAAUUUCGUUUGUUCGAAGAUUUGUGGAAGCAUUCUGCUUUGUAGCGCAAUUUUCGGGUUUAUCAUCAGCCAGUGUGUCGUUCAUCAACGCUUUCUACAAUCCGAACAUGAUUUCUGCAAGAACACCGCUCGUCAUCACAGCUGAGAGGGUGGCAACAAUGAAGGAUGUGAUGCAAGAUUGGCGAAGGCAUUUUGUUUUGUUUGCCGACUGGUUGCACGCUUUGCCGGAGUUCGCAUCUCUGAGCGUUGAUGAUCAAAUCUUAAUAGCGAAAAGUCGAUUUGGUUCGUUUUAUUGGUGGUUAUGCGCGAAUUGGACGAAUGAGGCUUGUUGUGAUGGUGUUUGUUACGCAAACGGCACGUACUUUCCUCGAUCAGAAGCACUUCAAUGUUUUCCAGAUGUACGAGGAUGUUGUGAGCGAAUGGUAGUGACGUUAUCUGAGCCUCUUCGCGAACUACAACUCGAUGAAACCGAAAAAUGUCUCAUGCUGGCAGUGAUCGUGUUCAGCGACGAACCUCUCGAAUUGUCGAUGUCGGGCAAAGAACAUGUUCGGACUAUGGGACAUCGUUAUGUACGAAUGCUGCACCAUCAUAUUCGAAAUCGAGAGCCUGGUCUGUCAAACUCGGCAAUAGCGUUACGCAUAGCGAAGAUCAUGAUUCUACUCACAGCAACCACAAAUUUGGUAUAUAUGGCAAGUGACAACAUGCAACUGCAUGAUGUUCUGCAUAUUGUCGAUUUUGGAUCAUGGCCUGAUGAUUUCAUGAAGAACAGUUUCAAGGAUUCAGGACUUUGA